AUGGUAGACGAUGUGGAACGGUGGCGAGCGGCCUUGAAGAGAUGUCGCCCUGGCCAUUCUCAUCGAUCACGGUAUCUAAACAAUCUCGCUGUAAGCCUUAGAGACAGAUUCACACAGCGGGGCGUCCCGUCCGACCUCGAUGAGUCCAUCGAGAUACACCGGGCUGCACUACUCAUUCGUCGCGCCGGUAAUUCUCGUCGAUCAGAGUCUCUCAACAAUCUCGCCAACAGCCUUGCAGACAUAUUCACGCAUAGGGGCAUCCCGUGUGACAUUGAUGAGUCCAUCGAGCUCCAUCGUGCUGCACUACUUCUUCGUCCCGUCGACAGAUUGACGCAGCGGGGUGUCCCGUCUGACCUUGAUGAGUCCAUCGAGCACCAUCGGGCUGCACUACUCCUUCGUCCCCGUGGUCAGUCUGAUCGAUCAAUGUCUCUCAACAAUCUCGCUGCCAGCCUUAGAGACAGAUUCAGGCAGCGGGGCGUCCCGUCUGACCUUGAUGAGGGAAUCGAGUUACAUCGGGCUGCACUACUCAUCCGUCCCCUCGGUCAUUCUGAUCGACCACAGUCUCUCAACAAUCUCGCCCUCAGCCUUGGAGACAGAUUCAGGCAUCGGAGAGUCCCGUCUGACCUUGAUGAGCCCAUCGAACUCCAUCGGGCUGCACUACUCCUUUGGCCCCCCGGCCAUCCUGAUCGACGGUGGUCUCUCAACGGUCUCACCAACAGCCUUGGACACAGAUUCAGGCAGCGGGGCGUUCCAUCUGACCUUGAUGAAUCCAUCGAGCUCCAUCGGGAUGCACUACUCCUUCAUCCUCCCGGUCAUUCUGAUAGAUCAGAGUCUCUCAACGAUCUCGCCCUCAGCUUUCGAGACCGAUUCACGCACCGGGGCAUGCCGUCUGACCUUGAUGAAUCCAUCGAGCUCCAUCGGGCUGCACUACUCCUUCGUCCUCCCGGUCAUUCUGAUCGAUCAGAGUCUCUCAACGAUCUCGCCUUCAGCCUUCGAGACAGAUUCAGGCAGCGGGGCGUCCCGUCUGACCUUGAUGAAACAUUUAGCCUGUUCUUGCAACUUCCACACAUAUCUCAUGCAGUCUCUCGUGCGGAUCUUACUGCUGCCAAGUCAUGGGCUGCCGCGGCUGAAGAGACAAACCAUGGUUCUGUAUUGCUCGCAUAUCGAACUGCAUUGAAAUUCCUAGAUCAGCAUGUCAAUCUUUUGUCGUCUUCGUCACGUCAUUUCGAUGUCGUGAGGAUGGCUACGGCCUCCCUUACUGCGGAUGCCUUCUCGUGCAGCGUUCGUCAUGGUGCGCUGACAACUGCUGUGGAACUGGUGGAGCAAGGUCGUGCAGUAUUCUGGACCCAGUUGGCACGCUUAAGCUCGCCUGGACUUUCCCUGGCCGGUGACACCGGCGGAGCCUUGGCGAAAGAGUUGGAGCAGCUGAGCUUUCACCUUCGUAGCGCAUUUGAUCAGUCUACUGAAGACCAGUCCCCACAAAUCCGACAACUGACCAUACAAUGGAACGAUGUCGUCUCCCGCAUCCGCAUGCUCCCUGACUGGUCUCGGUUUCUCCUGCCUCCCUUUCAGUACAGCUGUGACGCCUUGAUUGUCCUAAGUGACCAAAAUCCUGUCCACGUGCCGAUUGAUGUCACGCAGGCUGAAGUCUCUGAAUUGUCCUCCGAUUUUCAGUCCGUUGCAGAGCAAUUUGGUUGUUCCGAUCAUCAGAACAAGCUUGUGGGCAUCCUCCGCAAGCUUUGGCACGAUAUCGUUGACCCUGUGGUCCAAUCCCUCAGGAAGUCGAAUGUUUGCCCUGGCUCACGUAUCUGGUGGUGUCCCACCGCUGAAUUUACUUUGCUUCCUCUACAUGCAGCAGGACCCUAUGAGAAGGAGAGAGACAACUUGUCAGAGAUUUAUAUCUGCUCUUAUACCCCCACUUUGGUGACACUCGUUCGUGCGAGACAGCGCAUUUCUCGAUAUGCAUCUACUCGAUAUUUUGUUGCCAUCGGUCAAGGAAACCCGGAGAGAGGGAAGGAGCUACGAUGCGUCACUCCUGAAUUAGCCGCCAUCUCCCAGCUUCUCGUACCCAUUGUGUCGUCCUUCACGUCGCUCGAGGAGAGCGACGCAACAGCGCAGGGUGUUCUCGAUGCACUAAAGCAUAACCAGUGGCUUCACCUUGCCUGCCACGGAAUGCCGAAUCGACAACGACCAUUUGAAUCUUCCUUCGCAAUGCGUGAUGGGCCCUUGAUGAUAAAGGACAUCAUCCGAUCCAACUGGCAGAACCGGGAGUUUGCAUUCUUAUCGGCUUGCCACACUACCGUGAGCGAUGAGAAGAGUCCCGACGAGUCGAUCCAUCUCGCCGCGGCGAUGCAAUUCUCUGGGUUUCGCAGUGUGAUUGGUUCUAUGUGGUCCGUCGACGACGAGGUUGCACGGCAGGUUGUGUCUGCCUUUUACGACAAGCUGGUGGAUGAUUCUGGGAGACUGGACUGCACGCGGGCUGCGGUGGCGUUGCACAAGGCUGUGAAGAAAUUGCGGCGCAAUAAUAUCCCACUGGAGCAGCAGAUCGUAUUUGUUCACAUAGGUGUCUAA